UAUAACGCAUGCAAAAGGCAUAAGCUUAGCUUCAUCUAUCUCUCUCUCUCUGUUCAUCUGUCUGUCAGCCUUGUUUCAGAGCAAGCAGGUUUUGAGCUAGCUAAAGCUAAAGCUGAACCUGAAAGGAUGUCUUCUCCAAUUAACGUCCCUAGGUGGACUCCAAAUGCAAGCCCAACAAGGGUACCUCUACCUCACCACCAGCCCGUUCCACAGGUAAGAGAUGACGAGACGGAGACGGGAAGCAUUCUCUCCUCGGAAGAAGAUUCUAUGUCCCACCAUGGCAUGGAAAGGACUUUCCCUUUCAGCGUUUACUCUUCUCCUCCUCCUUCCUCCUCAUUUCCCAACCCAAUGGAGGACCCUCAUCCUAAAGCCUUGACAACUGACACUGAAAUUGCGCGACAUAAUUCCGACGUGAGGGAGGUUCAGUUGUUGACCAACCAUGGACUACAUGCGGGUAUAUAUGGUGCUCGCCACCCAGUAACUUCUGAGUACCGAGCGGACGGCAUCUACUUGACAUGGAAAGAUCUAUACGUGACGGUUUCCAAUGGAAAAAGCGGAACGCGAGCCAUCCUGCAGGAUCUCACCGGUUACGCCCAGCCCGGCGAGGUCUUGGCCAUCAUGGGUCCUUCCGGUUGCGGCAAGUCAACCUUACUUGAUACUCUGGCCGGGCGAUUGGGAUCAAACACAAGGCAAUGUGGAGAUAUUCUUGUUAACGGGCGAAGACAAGCACUAGCAUUUGGGACGUCGGCUUAUGUGACCCAAGAUGAUACUCUAAUGAUGACACUAACGGUUAGAGAAGCCGUUUACUAUUCCGCUCAGCUCCAACUGCCGGACUCCAUGCCGUUAUCCGAAAAGAGGGAAAGGGCAGAGAUGACUAUAAGAGAGAUGGGAUUGCAGGAUGCUAUGAACACUAGAAUCGGAGGAUGGGGUCACAAAGGACUUAGUGGUGGCCAAAAGCGGAGGGUCAGCAUUUGCAUAGAGAUUUUGACCCGCCCCAAGCUUCUUUUCUUGGACGAACCCACCAGCGGUCUCGACAGUGCAGCAUCCUACCAUGUCAUGAACCGCAUUGUAGGCCUCGCUCAGCAGGACGGAAGGACUGUUGUUGCUUCCAUCCAUCAGCCCAGCAGUGAAGUCUUUGAGCUCUUCCACAAUCUCUGUCUUCUUUCUGCUGGUAAAACUGUCUAUUUUGGACCCGCUUCAGCAGCAAGCCAGUUCUUUUCUUCAAAUGGUUUUCCAUGCCCAAGUCGGAGGAACCCAUCAGACCACUACCUUAGGACGAUUAACAAGGAUUUUGAUACGGACGUCGAACAGGGCUUUAAUGGCCAGACUACAACCACAGACGAAGUGAUUAACGUUCUUGCACAGUCGUAUAAGUCAUCUGAAACUUGUCAGCAAGUUCAGAGACGGGUAGCUGAAAUAUGCAAAAGGGAAGGUGCGCCUUUAGAGAAGAAGGGAAGUCAAGCUAGCUUCCUCACACAGUCCUUUGUGCUGACAAGACGAUCUUUUGUAAACAUGUAUCGUGAUCUAGGUUACUACUGGUUACGAUUGGCAAUCUAUAUCUCUCUCUGUCUCUGUGUGGGCACUAUCUAUUUCGACAUAGGUUCCAGCUUCGGUUCCAUUCAGGCUAGAGGCUCCAUGCUUAUGUUCGUUGCAGCCUUCUUGACAUUUAUGGCUAUUGGUGGAUUCCCAUCAUUCGUUGAGGAUAUGAAGAUAUUCACACGAGAAAGACUGAAUGGACACUAUGGAGUGGGUGCAUUCGUCCUCGGGAAUUCGUUUUCUUCAAUUCCCUAUCUGCUACUCACUUCUCUGAUUCCAGGAGCAAUUGCUUAUUACCUUGUGGGUCUCCAAAAGGGAGCCGAGCACUUCGUAUACUUUGGUUUGGUGCUUUUCGUGUGCAUGAUGUUGGUUGAGAGCCUGAUGAUGAUCGUUGCGAGUGUAGUGCCAGAUUUCCUCAUGGGUAUUAUUACAGGAGCAGGAAUUCAGGGGGUGAUGAUGUUGAAUGGUGGGUUCUUCCGAUUGCCUGACGAUCUUCCUAAGCCUUUCUGGAAAUACCCAAUGUAUUAUAUUGCCUUCCACAAGUAUGCCAACCAAGGAUUCUACAAGAACGAAUUUGAAGGUUUAACCUUCCCUAACAAUCUAGCUGGAGGCCCAGCCACCAUCACUGGAGAAGAAAUUUUGAGGAACACGUGGCAAGUGGAGAUGGGCUACUCUAAGUGGGUGGACCUUGCAAUCUUGUUCGGGAUGGUGGUUUUGUACCGAUUCAUGUUCUGGGCUAUUAUCAAGACCGCAGAAAAGGUUAAGCCCAUUAUCAGAGCUUUCUUAGCUACCCCGCCCAAACAGAAGGCCCAAAUAAUGGAGACCCCUUCUUCAACUUAGCUGUUUUAGACCUGAAUUGGGUGUGUGUGUGUGUUUUUAUUUCUUUUAAUGUAUUGCAUUGAUUUGUGCUCGUUCAAUUUCCGUUGACGUGCAUUGGCUGUUUUUUCAUCAACUCUGUAAUAAUAAGUUUCAUGUAUUUUCGCUUGGAAGCCCCUUCCUCAGAGAAACAAUCAAGUUUUCAUUCUAGUCAUCAAUCAAGUUUCAAGGAUGGAACAAAAAAGACAUGAUUGUUAGGUUCUUAUUUGUA